AAGUAAAUUGAAAAAAAAUUGUUCAAAUGUCAAGAUAAAAAAAAACACGUAAACUUCCAUAAAUCCAUCGAUUACUUUGGUCUUCUUGCCGUGGCUAGGCAGCGUAGUCGCACACAGAUAUGCAAUGUUGACGUGGUAAUUGACAACAUUUGGACGCAAACUUCCACAGAUAUACGAAUAGAACGUAACAGCGCGGUCAUGUUGGACUUUGCCAUUUUCGCUGUCACGUUUGUCAUCAUUUUGGUCGGAGCUGUUCUCUAUUUGUACCCGUCUUCCAGAAGGGCCUCUGGUGUCCCUGGUCUGUACCCCACAGAUGAGAAGGAUGGAAACUUGCAGGAUAUCAUCAACCAAGGCAGUCUGCAUGAGUUCCUUGUUAACCUGCAUCAGGAAUUUGGAUCAGUGGCGUCGUUCUGGUUCGGCGGGCGGCCGGUGGUCAGCCUGGGCUCUGUGAACCAGCUCAAGCAGCAUAUCAACCCCAAUCACACCACCGACUCCUUUGAGACCAUGUUGAAGUCAUUGCUCGGAUACCCCCCGGGGAUGGGAGGUGGGCCCAGUGAGUCAGUGGUUAGGAAGAAAUUAUAUGAGGGGGCCAUCAAUAACAGCCUGAAGAACAACUUCCCAGUCAUGCUCAAGGUGGUGGAGGAACUUGUGGGAAAGUGGAAGUCGUUCCCGGAGGCUCAGCACAUCCCGCUGUGUGCCCACCUGCUGGGUUUGGCCCUGAAGACCGUCACCCAGUUGGGUCUGGGCGAGCGCUUCAAAGAUGACGCCGAAAUCAUCUCCUUCCGCAAGAACCACGACGCGAUCUGGUCUGAAAUUGGGAAGGGCUACAUGGACGGCUCCAUGGAGAAGAGCUCCAGUAGAAAAGCUCAUUAUGAGAAGGCUUUAUCAGAGAUGGAAUCCAUGCUGCUGUCAGUGGUGAAGGAGAGGAAGGCACAGAGGAAACAGACGGCGUUUGUGGAUGCUCUUCUUCAGUCCAGUCUCACAGAACGACAGGUCAUGGAGGACUGUAUGGUCUUCACUCUGGCUGGAUGCAUCAUCACUGCUAACUUGUGCAUCUGGGCGCUUCACUUCCUGUCCACUUCCAAAGAAGUCCAAGACAAACUCUACCAGGAGUUACAAGAUGUUCUGGGUUCUGAUCCUGUUUCCCUAGACAAGAUUCCUCAGCUCAGAUACUGCCAGCAGGUUCUCAAUGAGACAGUAAGGACCGCCAAGCUGACCCCCGUAGCUGCUCGACUUCAGGCAGUGGAGGGCAAAGUCGAUCAACAUGUGAUCCCUAAAGAGACUUUGGUAAUCUACGCCCUGGGAGUAGUCCUUCAGGAUCCAGACACAUGGAGCGCCCCCUACAGGUUUGAUCCAGAUCGAUUUGAGGAAGAAUCUGCAAGGAAGAGUUUCUGCCUACUUGGCUUCUCAGGGAAUCAAACGUGCCCAGAACUCAGGUUUGCUUACACUGUAGCUACAGUCCUGCUCAGCACGUUGGUGCGACAGCUGAAGCUUCACCAGCUGGAAGAUCAAGUGGCAGAAGUCAAAUCUGAGCUGGUGUCCACACCCAAGGACGAAACCUGGAUCACCGUCAGCAAUAGAAAAAGCUGAAAAUAGUCUACAGUGCCCAACAACUAAAGCAUCAUGCUCUUAGAACACAAUCAAUUUGAGUGAGAAUUUACCAGCAAAGUAUUACAGAUGGGGUUUAAAAUGAAGCUCUUAAUUGAGUCGGUGGUAAAGACCAGAGACUUUCAGGGCAUUUCUAACCUGCAGCCAAAUAAAUUUCUACUUCAUAAAUGGGCAAGCUGUAAAGGCAAGAGUUUUAUUUUUAAAGUAGCAUACUGUAACAAACACUGCCAUCUAGUGGCUUUCCAAAAUUUGGUCGAUCUGUUCAUGAGCAAGAAAUUAUAUCUUUAUUAACGAUUAUGUAAAGCAUCUGUGGAGAAGAAAAAUAACUUUACUUUUUCAGCUCUUCCUGUUUCUGGAUCCACAAAAUGAGCCACUUUUUUUUUCUUUCUUUCUGUUUUUUUUUAUUUUUUACUGUAAUCAUUUUACAUCUUUUUUUAGUCGAAGAAAUAUGACUUUCCACCGUUGUCCUAAUUUGUAACUAUUUAAUUUUGCCAAAAUGAAUACAAAAUAUUUUUUUAAAUCAGUAGAAACUACCUGAAAAAUUUUUUUAAACAUGAUUUAUUUUUGGCAGAUAUUUAUAAUAUUGGUAAUCUUAAUUUUCAUCGCUGCUUUAGGCCAAACAGCAUUUGGAUAUUUCAUUUCACUUUUUAAGGUCUCUCGUUUAAUAAACUUGAACAGGAAA